AUGGCAACCUGCACAUCCAUCAACAACUUCUGCCCGCAAUGCAGCCACUUGUUCGACUCGAUUAACAGGAACAGAGCCAACAGGAUUUAUGCAGAGCACCUCAUCCGCGAUGAUCCAGACUUCUACCCAGUGAUAUUCUACUUCCAGACCCGGAUGGACCCGGCUAACCCACGCACCGCCGAGGAUCUGGCCGAAGAAGUAGAGGCAGAUUUCCACGAGUCACUGGGGAAAGAUAUAAAGGUCUACCGGGCCAUCAGCCCGAAGACCCUAUAUGGGAAUGUGACGUUCUGGUAUAUGGUUGAUUUCCCAAUGAAAGGCAAAAUUGACCAACAUGCCAUGGAGGUGUUGUUCCGUGGUGAGAGACUGGAUAUCAGGCGGUGGAAAGUGAAAAAGCCGACGGAGGGCCAGUGUACGAGUUUUGCGAGGCUGUGCUUUUUCAGGGAUCACUAUGACUAUGUGGAAGACUUGCAGGUUGAGAAUGAAGAGGACUACGCUAUAGUGGCUCUGCAUAUGUUUCUUGAUGGGGUCUAG